GCCUUUCGCCAUUUUCAGCAACGCACUCAUUUGGAACCAUCAAGUUGGUUGAUCGACGUCCAAACAAAUCAAAUAUACACAUAUGUCACACUUAAAACUCAUUUGGAACUCAGACGCAGCUUUGCCACCAGCAACAGACGCUUCAACGAUUGCACUCGGUUGCAACAGCGAAUCUAGAGUUUCACAUUCCGCUGGUGUGCGGUUAAUAAACCGCAAACUGUUCGAGACAACGCAGUUAGGCGCAGAUACUUUUGCUGCUGUGCAAAGCAGACUCCCUAAGAGAAAUACAUGCAACGUGUCAGAUUGUGUGAACGCUGCUAUCAAGGUCAGCCCAAUCAGACGGGUGUACACACACGCUCGCAGUACUGGACGGUUAUAUUAAAAGACCAUUUCUUCAGCUCAUCCAAAUUAUCCUGGUGCCAAAAUGAUUCGCGCUGCCAUGGUCGUGGACGACCCUGAUAUGGUGUCUCCGCUGCCAUACCUUAACUUCCUUCGCUUCCUGAAGCGGAACUUCUAUCCCAGGACUGAUUUGCGCCGCUUACUUCAGGUGGGGCUCAUCCGUUGGAUUGCACUUAGCGAUGCUAAGAAGAGGUUAUUUGAGCCAGAACGAAUCUUGGCGCGUGUGGUUCGCACGAAAAGGAAUAAACGACGCCGCCGAUUACUUCGUCGUUCUCGGCGUGGCCAGAAAGGACGUGGUGUAGUGCGACGCCCCAUCUACGACAACCGUCCUAAGCCGCGACGCAUCAGAUCCAAGUAGAGAGUGAGCAUUGUAUUGCGAAAACAAAACUAUUCCAUUCUUGGGUGGCUCUCAAUCAAAGUGUGCGUAACAUAUUCAGCUCUUUUUACACUGUCCUUUGUUUUCAGGCGGUAAGCAAGGCAAGAUGAAGGCAAACACUGCAGAUAAAUGUAUUUUUUGGAUAAAUUUAUUAAAAAUAAAUAUAUAUGCUA